CUAGUGGCCAUGCGUAUUCGCUUCUGCUGAACCCUCUUUUCUGCCUGUGUUUUCGUUUGUCUUCCCGCGUUUUCCCUCACUCGAAGCGACUGGCCUCGCCGAGAGGGUUACGAGCAAAGACAUCGAUAUCCAAAACAUGGUGUCGAGUAGUCUCCCGUCGGGAGCUUUUCUGACCACUAUCAACGGGCGGCGAUGCACGGCAAUCCCCAGAGCGGCGGCGGCGGCGUCGUCGGCGUUGACGACGACAAGUGCGAGCAGCGUGGUUGUGGAAGCCACCACGACCGACUCGGCCACAUUGGCUACUUCCGCUAGUUCGACGAGGACGACAGCCGGCCUGACGACUGGCUUGGUGGCCGCACCGGCUGCAGAUGCGGAUGGAAGCACUGAGGUCCCUGGACAGAGCUCAACGAGUACGACGAGUUCCUCCUCCUCCACCAUCAUAAUCACCGCCACCACAAAUGUUCCCCCUGGUUCGGUGCAGAUUGCGCAGGCCCAGGACAGUGAGACCACCGAGACCAGUGAGACGAGCUCUUCGGCUGGUUCACCAACGCCUGUCCCCCCUGCGCCUGUCACGACAUCUGGCACUACUUCCCAGUCGUUCACUGUCCUCGGAGACGUAACAUCCUCACAACCGUCUGCAGCGCAAAGCAGUCAAGCUGAUGGCAGCGUAACAGCUCAAGCUGCAGAUACAGUUGCAACUUCAUCGGGCGUGGCCACGGCUGAAACCAGCCCCCCUCUCCUGCCCGAGAGCCCAGCAGCCACGCCGCUACUCACCACCAUUGAGUCACCACAACGAGCGACCGGCAGCGCGGCAGCCGAUGCCACGGACACAACCUCCCCUGACCCCGCGUUGAAUACCGUUCCUGCCUUGAGCAGCAAUGCAGUCCAGUCGACUGUGGCCGUCGCUGGCGGUGUCAUCGGCGGCGCCGUCGCCAUCAGCAUUUUAGCCUUCUUCAUCUGGUGGUGGAGGCGGCGACUGAUGCGGAAGAGAAGGAGCACCCUUCUGACACCGCUCGACGCGGUGCCAUCCAACGAGAAGGGCAGCUAUGUGAUCUCGCGCCGGAGCAUCGGGCCCACGCCGGUGGUUGAGAAGGUUAGGGUCGCCCUGGGCCAGAAUUUCAAGAAGAUCCGAGGCCACAUCCGCAACAGGACCGCCCCCUCUGUGAACCUAGACCGAGGUCCCUCGCAGUUCCUUGACCCGCCCGCCACCCGCAGCCGCGCGAACUCGGCCGUCACCGGUACUGAACCAGCAGCGAAGGACCGUCUCAGGGGCUGGUGGUCAGCGCUCGGGGCGCGCGUGGGAUUUAACCAGCGCAACAAGACAGGCCGUGGCGCGACCUCGGAUGUCACGCAGGAAAAGAAAACGGGUAGUUCUGACUCCCAGCCCGAUUUCCUGACACUCUUGAACAUGGACGAUGGGGAGCUGGACCGCGAAGCGCAGCGCCGACGAGCCAACCUCGCCCGCACGAACGGCAGCGUCAGCUCAACAGACAACUUCCUAGGCCUCAGCCUCGACUUCGGCCGAGACGACGACCCGUUCAGCGAUGCCAACGCCCUCGCCCACAACUCGGCGAAGCCCGCACCCCUAGCGGUCGGCGGCAGCAGCAGCAGCAACCCGUUCAGUGACGCCAACGCCAUCCGGGACCCCGCGCCCUCCUUGCCCAAAGCAGCAGCCACCUACGUGCCCGGCAUGCGCCGCUCCCGCACCAACAGCACCGCGGCCGGCGGCCGCCAGCUAAGCACCGCCUAUUACUCCCCAGCCAACCGCGACAGCGUAGGCAGCCUCCGCUCGCUCGCCACCGCAACCACCACCACCAACCAGCGCAACAAAUUCCGCUCCGACCCCUUCGACCUCGAGCGCCCCGAGCUGCUCGGCACCACCACAACCGCCACCACCACCACCAUUACCUCCGCAGCCGCUGGCGUCCCCGACCUCCCUCUUCCUCUCCGCACCGACACCACCACCGUCACCAACAACAACAACGGCGCCGACGUCCGCCGCCCCACCGGCACGCGCACCCGCGCCGAGUCCACAGUGUCGCGCUACUCCAAGUACUCCAAGUACUCGUCGGGCGUGAGCGCCGUGUCGAGCCUGAGCAGCGGCGGCGACGACGACGGCUGGAGCGAUCCCGGGCCGGACGUCGGGCCCGCCGCGGCAAGGAGCGCUGGUGCUCGUUGGCCGGGCCAGCAGGUGCAGGGACAGCUGGGGCAGCAGGGCCAGCAGGGCCAGGGGCAAACGCAGGGGCAGGGGCAGCAGGGCCAAGGGCAGGGGGCUAGGAGGCUGAGCGGGGGCAGUCUGGGGAGCUUGCGCAGCGUGGGGAAGGCGAUGUGAUGGGACUUUUUGAAGUCUGUGUGAUGUUACUAGGUAUGUUGUGAGGUGCUUGCUUUGGGGAUGGGAGGGGUAAUGAAGAUACCUUAGCUUGUUCGUUCGUUACGACGCAGCCAUGUAUGUUAUGUACCUUGACCGUAUCCUCCCGGUUUGCCCUCCGGUGGGACGGCGUUUGGGCGGCGGUUUUGCUUUUUUCGCGCUUUUUUUCACGGACCGUUAACUACUCUUACUGUUAUUGCUCUUCAAAACACUGACAGCUGUGGGUACGGGCCAGCAGUGACGGGACUGGGGGACUUAGGGAGGGUUGAGUUCUCGCCUGUAGGGCUCCAAAAAGAAAAAAGGCAGCGGGCAGCGGAUUCGGCAGAGGAGGAACUGCCCUCCUCCUUCCCCGGAGGCAAUGCUUGCACAAAGCGGAUGAUGAUGAGAGACGAUGAGGUGCGAACACGACGGACAGAGAGACGAAGAAUACCCCCAACGCUCGCUUGGCUA